AAACGUUAGGGAAGGUGUUUUUUGGGUCAAUUAUGAGAGGCAUUAUAAGAUGAUUACAAGAGAAGAGAAGGCAGCGAAUGAUCAUGAGAGCAAGGCAUCUUCGUCUACAACAUCAUGGACAAGGUUAAAGGAUCCAAGAAUUGUUCGUGUUUCGCGAGCAUUUGGAGGAAAAGACAGGCACAGCAAAGUUUGUACUGUAAGAGGGCUAAGAGAUCGUCGUGUAAGGCUUUCAGUUCCUACUGCUAUUCAAUUAUAUGAUCUUCAAGACAGAUUAGGGCUUAAUCAACCAAGUAAAGUUGUUGAUUGGUUGCUUGAUGCAGCUAAACAUGAAAUCGACGGAUUGCCUCCCUUGCAAAUUCCUCCUGGAAGUUUGAACCCUAAUCUUUAUCCUAUGUUAGGAAUUGGAGGAUUGCCUCAAUUUUUCCAUCAGCAUAAUAUUGUUGGAGCAUCGUCAUCAUCAGAGUUUGAUCCCAAAGAAAUAAACUUCCAAAUGUUGAGUAAUAAUUCCGGUUCAGAAAAUCCCAUGUCAAGUAGUACUAAUUCCUUUAGACAUUCUAUUGACUCCACAAGCCAAUCUAUAAGACCUUUCCAUUUUCUACCUUCUCAAAAUUGUGACGAGACGGAGCCCUCCAAUUAAGACCAUUUAGUUCCUCUCUGCUCUAUAUAACAACUUAAGUUUUUAGACAAAGUACGUAUUGGUUAUAACAUGACACCAGAGCAGACAUAUUAUUGGUUGAUCGGAUGUUUCAUUAAGCUAUUCAACUUUCAAGAUCAGAGCAGGUCAUCAACUGUAUUUGCCUCGGGUGAGUACUGAAUAAUUCGAUACUAGCAUAAUAUAUAUAGUAGUAUAUAUAAAACAACAAUUGUAUGUUCUUUUGGUCAUAAUUAUUCCUAUAUAUGAGUUCUAUAGCUAUAAAAACUCAUGAUUGGAUUGUUUGGGAUCAAUUAUUGCUUCAAUGUACUCCAAUUUCAAAAUGUAUUAUGCAAUAUAAAGUUGUACGUACGGUUAUUUAGAGACUAUAUAUAUAUAUUU